UCGAUGAAAGUCCUGCAACAAAUCGGAGAGUUUGGCGUUUGUUUGGGUAUGUUUGCCUUAUAACAGCUUCAAUAGGGUUUUAGGGGUUUUUGGCUGUUUGAUAUGAAGAGGCGGAAGGAAUAAUCACCAGGUGGGUCGGGUUGAAAAGUAUCUAUCCAACACCCGGCCCAUUUAGAAGGAUGUGAUGGGAGAUGUGGCGCGCUCUCGUCUCCGAUCCCUUUGGAGUUUGGACUAUGUAGCCUUCUUUCUUGACAAGUAAAAAACCAUCAAAAUUUCAAAAAUCAUCAGAACGCAGACAUUGUUUUGAGGUUGGAGAAGCAAUGGACAACACAGAAAAAAACCCAAUAUGCAAAGACAUACCAAGUCUCCUUUCUUCUUUUGUUGACACAUUUGUCGAUUUCUCUGUCAGUGGCGGCCUCUUCUUGCCUCCCGUUGACCCUAAUCAACAAACUACUUCUAAUGAAGCCUCCAAUUUUAGAACUCACUACCCCACUCCCAAUCGUCUGGUUGCAAUCGGAGAUCUACAUGGCGAUUUGGAGAAGUCUAAACAAGCUUUGAGGCUGGCCGGUUUAAUUGAUGGAUCUGACCGGUGGUCCGGUGGAUCUGCUACGGUGGUUCAAAUUGGUGAUGUGCUUGAUCGAGGUGGUGAGGAAUUGAAAAUUCUGUAUUUUUUGGAGAAAUUGAAGAGGGAAGCGGUGAAGAGUGGAGGGAAUUUGAUUACUAUGAACGGCAAUCAUGAGAUUAUGAAUGUGGAAGGUGAUUUUCGAUACGUAACAAAAUUAGGGUUAGAGGAGUUUACGAAUUGGGCUUAUUGGUAUUGUUUAGGUGACAAAAUGAAAGCUUUAUGCGUGGGAUUGGAAAAACCAAAGGAUAUCUUUGAUGGAAUUCCUUUGAGUUUUAAAGGAGUUAAACAAGAGUGCUUUCAUGGUAUCAGAGCUAGAAUAGCUGCAUUGAGACCUAAUGGCCCUAUUGCUAAUAAAUUUCUGUCCAAGAAUUUGACUGUAUUGGUUGUGGGUGAUUCAGUUUUUGUUCAUGGCGGGUUAUUAGCAGAGCAUGUGGAUUAUGGAUUGGAGAGAAUGAAUAAGGAGGUCAGGGAUUGGAUUAAUGGGUUAAUGCAAAGAUCUGCACCUAAGUAUUGCAGAGGGAGAAAUGCAGUGGUUUGGUUGAGGAAGUUUUCUGAUGAGGUGCCACAAAACUGUGAUUGUUCUGCUUUAGAACAUGUUCUUGCUACAAUUCCAGGGGUGAAGAGGAUGAUUAUGGGACAUACUAUUCAGAAGGCCGGUAUUAAUGGGGUUUGCAACAAUAGGGCUAUAAGGAUUGAUGUGGGUAUGUCAAAAGGGUGCAUUGAUGGCUUGCCUGAAGUUUUGGAGAUUCAUGGGAAUUCCGAUGUUCGAGUUUUGACAUCCAAUUCAUUGUAUCAGAAUAAGUACAAGUCUUAUGUGGAAGAUGAUAGGAAGAAGGGGCUUGGAUUGCUGAUACAGGAAAAUGGACCAAAGCAAGUGGAAGUUAAGGCUUAAGAGUUUGUUUAUCUGAACUUCAUCGAUGCUUUGCCCUCUGGGAAUUUAAUCAUAAAUGGAUCGGAUAAACAUUGUUAGCAGGAUUAGGCAUCUUAAAAACCAUUGAUUGUGAUAGAUUGUUGACAAAAGUAAAUUUGUCAGCACACGUCUUGCUCAAAAAGACUCUAGAAAGCUCGACUGUUCAAAAUUUAGAUGAUAGCAAUUCAAUGAAAGUUUCAAAAAAUUCUUGUUUUCAUUCUUGCUGAUUAACUAUGAGCUUCUUGAUCCCUUUACCUUGCAAAGAAUGAAAAUGCCUAAUCUGCACCUGUUUUCUCAUAUUAUAUGGAAGUCUAGGCGUUGGCUUGUGUC